UGCAGAUUUUAUUCACCCCAUCGAUGGCUGGUCGAGGGAGGGGAAGAGGGAGAGGGAAGGGUGCCUAUCAAGUCACGUGUCCACCCGGAUUCAAACGAGAAAAGGGACUUGGGUGCAGAGAUGUCAACGAAUGCAAGGUUGGUGGUGUAUCACAAUGUGGGCAGCUUUGCGUCAAUACUCUGGGGUCUUACCACUGCUCAUGUCUACCAGGGUACGCCAUUGGGGCUGACGAAUGGUCCUGCUCGGCUGGAGGACCUGAAGCAGAAAUCAUAUACAGUCACAGAGACAGCAUCUCGGAAGCAGACAUCCAGAAUGCGUUACCGGGGCGACGGAUCGCAAACGACGUGAACACCGUCCUCUCCCUGGACAUCCAUCAUAGAGAGAGAAUGGUGUUCUGGAUUGACAGGAGUACCAACAAGAUUGAAGGGAAAUCAUUGGAUGGAGGAGAGAUUCAGCAUAUAGUCUCAAGGCAUCUGCACAGCCCAGAGAGCUUAGCCGUUGAUUGGGUUCAUAAUAAGAUCUACUGGACAGAUUACAGACUCAAGCAGAUCGAGAGAUGCGAUUUAAACGGCUCAAACAGAGAAGUAGUCUUCAACACCGGUAAAAGGAGACCUAAGGCUAUUGCUUUGGAUCCAUUUGAAGGGUUUAUAUUCUGGAGUUCGUCAGGUAAAGCCGACAAGGUGGAGCGAGUGUCCACCAAUGGCAGACACACCAAGAGAAUCUCAAAGAAUGACCUCAAGGUCAUCAGGAAUCUAGCCAUAGAUGUGAUCGAUAAGAGGGUCUACUGGCUGGACAUUGGAAAGCGGAGGAUAGAAUCGUCCAACUAUAUCGGGAAGAAGAGGAAUAGACUCUUGGAAAAAAUCAGCCCAAAUGCAUUUGGCUUGGCCAUCUUUGAGCAGAAGGUCUACUGGGCCGACUCUGUGGAGAACAGCAUCCACAGUAUCGUGAAGUACGGAGACAGUCCGGAGUCCAGAGUCGAUUGGAGUAUUUUCGUAGAAAGUAGCCCCAAAGGUGUCUGCAUCAACCACCCAUCUACUCAACCCUCGUUUGAUAUUGCUGGGUCUUUCAACUGUAGCACGCACAGCGACUGUCAGAUUGACCUCCCCGACCUGACCCCUGACCCCUCCCGCUCCUACCUCAUCUACGCCAACACCACCAGCAUCCACCGCAUCUACGCGGACGGAUCCGGUCACAUGACCAUCGCCAAGGCCGGACUCAGCAACAUCUCCACCAUCGAGUUUGACCCCUUACAUAAGAUGGUGUACUUUGCGGAUCAUGGGAGGGGUGUGAUCGAGAGGGUCAGGACCGAUGGGCGUGGCCUGGAGGUGGUGUCGACGAGGGGCGUGGACUCGGUGGAAGGCAUGGCUGUCGAUUGGAUGCACCGGAGAUUGUAUUGGGUUGAUUCAGUAGGGAGCUAUAUUGCUACUCAGAGCUUGUACCCUGGUAGUCGACACACGAUACUCAUGUCAUCAUUGGAUGAGCCACAUGGUAUAGCAGUUCAUCCUGCUCUGAACAUCAUCUACUGGAGUUCUUGGGGGGAGUCUCCUAAGAUCGAAGCCGCAAGGCAUGAUGGGAGUAACCGUGUCACGGUAGCAGCGUCACCGGUGCGACCCACCAAACUGGCCAUAGACUAUACACACAACAAGGUUCUUUGGAUCGAUGCAGGUCUUAGUACCAUCAACGAAGCUGACCUCGACGGGACCAGUCAUAGGGUCAUCAACAGAGGGGAAAUGCACCAUCCUUUUGGCCUAGCCCUGUAUGGAGAGCUAAUGUGGUCUACGGACUCCGAGCAGCGGGAAGUCCUAGCCCUGGACCGGAACAGUGGAGAGAAGCGGGUCUCGUUCAGCGGGGACUGGAUCAUACCUGUGGAUGUUCAUUUGAUUCACAGCGGAAGGAGAGUUAUAGGAGACAUUGACCCUUGCCAAGUGUUUAACGGCGGUUGCGAACAGAUCUGUAUCUACGCUCAUACCAACCAAGCAAUCUGUAAUUGUGAGACUGGAUAUCAUCUUAGGAGAGACAGAGUGACUUGUGAACCAGACGAGUGUUUCCUUGGCCUUCAUAAUUGUAACCCGAAUGCUCUAUGCACCAACACACCCGACGGGUACCUAUGCACCUGUAGAGAAGGCUUUGUAGGGGAUGGCUUCUCUUGUUUAGCAAUAACUACCCCUCCUCAGAGAUUGAUCGGCCCUCCUGAUGUGAUCAUCACCCAACCGCAACCUCCUCUACCGCCAUCUUCAUCUCCAUCACCACCGGUCAAUGAAGAUGAGGCUUCCAUAGCAACCAGACUAGCAACCAUCACUGCCAUCACGACCUCAGUCUUACCCACCUCAUCUGCCAACCCAGCUCGGAGUGACCCUUUGUCACCAGACACCACACCCACAGAGCCCCCAUCUGCCGAUACGGUUACCACGGAAACAUCCGAUUCAUCUACAGCAAUGACCUUCAUGCUGUACCCGAUUAGGAGUACUCUGACUCCGCCCACCGUCAAACAGGAAUCCACGUUUGCUCCCACCAAGAGCCCGAAAAAAGCCAAGGGAGGGCAUCUUGGAGAGGGCGAGGCCGGGGUCACGCCCAAGAAGCCGUCGGGUCACUUUGGCGUGUGCCCUCUCACUCACAGAUAUUACUGUCUCAACGGCGGGAAGUGCACAUUCCUCAAGGCUGUGGAAACACCCUCUUGCGAAUGUCAAAAUGGAUUUGCUGGUCAAAGGUGCGAAUUUGCGGAUAAACAUAUUACGAAAGGAAUAAAUAUGCAGAAAGUUACUGCAGUCUCAGCCGGUGUCUUAGCGCCUCUUUUUUUAGUACUGGUCAUAUCUACCCUCCUUUGUUAUUGGAAACGGGCGAGAUCAAAAGCCAGGAGUCAAGCGUACAACAUUGAGUUUGUGAUGAGUGCGCCUCCACCGGAUGGUAAUGGAUCGCUUCCUAAGAAGACUAACAUGAAUGCAACCCUGGAGAGAAUAGACAAAAAUCAUGUUCCUCUCAUACCUACCAUGUCACAGGGUUCCACACAGUCGGAGCCUCCCACAAGAUCGCCACCCAAGCCUCCAGUCGGCCAACUCCAGAACUGUUACUCCGACCCAAGCAGCCUCAUUGUACCUGGUUCAACCCUCCCUGGCCUACAAAACACUCACCACUACUACAAAGUACCCCGGACCGGUGCCCCCGCUCCCAAGCCGAAACCAAGCCUCAAGCCCAACAACCUUCAGCUGACCGUGGAAAAUGCGCUUCAGUCGCAGACCAAACCAGGGAAUGGACGCAGCAAGUUUCAGUCUUCAGAGAAGAACCGGUCAAAGACUCUUGACACGGCGUACCUGACACCCAAAGAAAUCUUGACAGAGGAAGGUGAAGCGCAGAGAGUAUCUGCUUACAUCGAUGUCAAUGACUCCAGGAGUUUCCUACCGGCUAAGACCUUUCUUAACAUCAAGAACAAGCUUAGCAGAAGGAUUGAGAAUGUGUAUGUGAAUAUGCCGAAAACGUCGACAGGAAAUAAUGUCAAAUGAUGUCAGACGAACGUCCUGGAGGCUCUUCUCGUCAUCGCAAAGACACUGUUUCCUGCAGCAUGACAUGUGGACUUUAACUAUGAAAUGAAAAGUGAAAUGGAGAAGUAUUUUAUGAUGUGAUCAUUAUUUGAAGAUGGUACAACUCUUUUUGUGUUCACAUUGAGCAGUGUUUGGAACCAUAAGAAUACUUUAUAUUUCUGGAGGUUACAUUGUUUGUCCAAAAGAAGGCACAUGAAGACCAAGUUUUAGAGACAGAGAAAACAAGCUUCAUUCUGGAAGUUAUGUUUCUGCAUUUAUCUAUGACUGGAAGUAGAGUGGUGGGCUUUACCAAUUACUUGAUCACUGAAAGACAUUUUCUCCAUAUUCAGUAAAAUUAGGAAAAUAUAUAUUUAUUUCCUUCUCCAGUAAGAAAAGACGGACCCCCUCCCCAUACUAUUAAAAGUUCUCUGUUAACAUCAUUUAGAAUCAGUUUAUCUGGAAAUACUAUGUUGCUAUUUUAUGUUCUGAUGAAAAAAUAGAAUUGAUGCCAUCAGGUGAUCGCCACAGGAUUGUAAUGUAUGUCAUUCUGAAAUGUAUUGUGAGAAUUUCUAUUUCAACAAUGAGCAUUGUGGCCCAGUGGAUUAGUCU